AUGGACAUGGAGGCGGAGCAGUACAAUAUCCAAUACAGUAUCCACAACAACAACAAACGGCGAAUGUGGCCGGGGGACAGCAACAGCCCCAAAUGCCGUCCAGCCAACCUACUACCUCCAGCGAUCCUCAACAACAUUUUGUCGCCCAUGGACAUCCAAAUCCAUAUGCACCAAUGGCACCCCCACAUCCACAUCCCGCAUAUAAUGAUGCAACAGGCCCAAAUGGAGAUGGGCCAACUCCAGCAACGUCUUCAUACCCUCUAUCAACAGCCACGGACACCUAUGAUUGAACAGGAAAUACAUUCCUACGAAAAGAGGGCACAAUAUCUACAGAGCCAACUGCACGCCGCCGUCCCUCCCCAAACAGCCCCCAAUCCCUAUAUGCAAGGGCCACCAGGGGGAGGAGGAGGAGGACCACAACAAGGAGCAGGAGGACAACAACCUGGAAUGGGAGGACAACAACAACAUGGAGGAGGACAGAGACCGGUUGAAGUGUCACAGAGCGGAAAUGGACCCAUACAGGUGAACAUCAAGCCGGAUGCGCCAGGACGGACCCUCAUCUCCGUCUACCACCACAACUACCCGGAAGGCCAACCCCCACCGGGUGGAGCAUUCGGAUCUCCAAAAGACUCUGUCCCUCCCGAACCUGUCCCCUCUACAAGAACAACACCGCCACAAAUACCACAACAUAUCAAUGGACAUUCAUAUCAACAACAACAGGUGCCUCCCCACCACCAUCCAGCGCCAUCUCAACCCCCGGCCGCAUUGCCACAUCAGAAUGCCUAUUCUGUGCCCCCAUCUACCCCCCCUCGUGCUCCCCAUCCACAAUCACCGCCACGGGAAGAGGAGGAAGAGGAGCAGCAACUUCAACAGAGCUCGAUUUCUGACGAGCAGCCGAAGCCUUCGCCCUCAUCAACAACUGCCGUCUGUCCAGAAGAACCGGAAAGAAUCCGGGAAAAUGGCAAUCAUACGGAAGAAACAGACGCCAUUCCGGAAGAAAUUCCCGUGAAGACGGAAACGCCAACGAUCGAGGAAGAGGAGCCGGAAAAGAAGCCUGAACGGCCGGAAGUACCUCAAGAAGCUGAAGACGUUCAAGCUGAAGCCGCCGAAGAGGCAGCGGAACCGGAAAAAGAAGCUGAGCAACCGAAAGAAUCGGAAAUUCCGGAACCAGAAACACUGAAAGAACCGAGCCCGGAACCUGAAGCCGAAGCCGAAAUGCCUGAAGCGGAAGUGAAAGAAGAGGAGGAAAUGCUUGCUUCUUCCGGAAUUCCGGAACCGGAAGAACCGGAAAAACAAGUGGAAGAAGAAACGGCUGAAGUAAAGCAAGAGGAGCCGCAGGUCUUUGAGGAACCGGAAAAGGAAGCCACUCCCGCCCCGGCGAUUCCCGUAAUUGAGGAAGAGCUCGUGAAGGAAGAGCCGGAAGCCGAGGCAGUUCCGGAGACAGUUCCGGAAGUUCCGGAAGUCGAAGAGGCUGAGGUCGACGAGAAGCCGGCUGCUGCUGAAAAGGCCGAGGCCAACGAGGAGGCCAUUGAGGAUGAGGAGGAGGGAACCUCCGAGCCAACCGUCGCUGAAGAAGAUGAGGUCGAAGAUGAAGCGGAAGAAGCGGUGCAAACGAUCACGUUCCUGUCUCGUGUCUACGAGUACGGUAUCCAUGGCCCAUUCCUAAUUGUCGUCCCCCUAUCCACAAUCCACAAUUGGGUCCGAGAAUUCGAGACGUGGACUGAUAUGAAUGCUGUUGUCUAUCAUGGAUCCGCUGCAGGGAGACAGAUAAUCGAGGGCCACGAGAUUUACCACGAAAAGCCGACCGGCAGUGACGAUAAGAACAAAGGAUUGUGGCGGAAGGGAAUCUGCAAACUCGACGCCCUGAUUACCACCUUUGAAAUGGUCGUCACAGAAGUCGAAUUUCUGCGAAAAAUCAACUGGAGAGUCUGUGUCAUCGAUGAAGCACAUCGACUCAAGAAUAGAAACUGCAAACUGCUCACUGGUGGUUUAUUGUCUCUCCGUAUGGAGCAUCGUGUCCUCCUCACCGGUACUCCACUGCAGAAUAACGUUGAGGAGCUCUUCUCCCUUCUCAAUUUCCUUCAUCCCGAGAAAUUCGGAAGUUCCGACGAGUUUCUUCGCGAGUUUGGCGAGUGCAAGACUGACGAACAGGUGACGCGCCUCCAAGAGAUCCUGAAGCCAAUGAUGCUGCGCCGUUUGAAGGAAGAUGUCGAGAAAUCCCUGCAGCCAAGAGAAGAAGUCAUCAUUGAAGUACAAUUGUCUGAUGCCCAGAAGAAAUAUUAUCGCGCCAUUCUCGAGAGGAACUUCACACAUUUAUGCAAAGCUUCAGGUGGUACCGCGCCCUCGCUGAUGAAUGUGAUGAUGGAAUUGAGGAAAUGCUGCAAUCAUCCAUUUCUCAUUCAAGGAGCCGAAGAACAGAUCGUCGCUGAGGUCCGCCUCCUGCACCCGGAAAUGGAUGAGGAUACGGCCCAAAGAAAGGCCCUUGUUGAUGCUUCGGGAAAGAUGGUGCUCAUCGAGAAGCUGCUCCCCAAACUCAAAUCUGAUGGCCAUCGAGUGUUGAUAUUCUCUCAAAUGGUCAAAGUACUCGAUCUCAUCGAAGAAUUCGUCUCCAAUCAUGGAUACCUCUACGAGCGGAUCGACGGAAAUGUGCGUGGAGAUCUCCGCCAAGCGGCCAUCGAUCGAUUCUCAAAGAAGGAUUCGGAUCGUUUUGUAUUCCUUUUGUGUACUCGUGCCGGUGGAUUGGGAAUCAAUUUGACGGCCGCUGAUACCGUAAUCAUCUUCGAUUCGGAUUGGAAUCCACAAAAUGAUCUCCAAGCACAAGCGAGAUGUCAUCGUAUUGGACAACAGAAAAGUGUCAAGGUGUACCGGCUGAUCACGGCGAACACGUACGAAAGGGAAAUGUUCGACAAGGCAUCCCUCAAAUUGGGUCUCGACAAGGCUGUAUUGCAAUCGACGACUGUUAUGGAUAAGAAGGAACAGCUCACCAAGAAGGAGAUCGAAGAAUUGCUGAAGAAGGGAGCAUACGGCUCGAUAAUGGACGAAUCAUCGGAAGGAUCGAAAUUCUCUGAGGAAGAUAUCGAGACAAUUCUCUCGCGAAGAGCCACUACAGUAACCCUUGAGGCCGGAGUGAAAGGGAGCACCUUCUCAAAGGCUUCUUUUGGAUCAUCAAAUAACACCGAAGAGAUCGAUAUUGAUGACCCCAAUUUCUGGAACAAGUGGGCCGAGAAGGCGAACGUCGACCUGGAGAAGGUGAGGGAGCGACAGAGCGGAAAGCAGCUCAUCAUCGCCGAGCCGAGGAACCGGAAGAAGAGAUUCGAAGAAGACACCCUAAAAGAAGGCGAAGGAUCAGGAUCUGAUGAAUCAGAAAUGGGAGCAAAAGGAAGAAGAGAUCGAGCGCGAAAGAGAAGAAAAGGAGUGGAGGAUGAUGAUGAUGAAUAUGUUGAGAAGCUGAUUGGGUCGUUUGGCUGGGGAAGAUGGAAGCUGAUCAAAGAACAAGGGGAUGUUGAUGCGAACGAGACCGAACUUGAACACCUUGCCCGUACCCUAAUCCUCCACAAUCUUCGUGAUUUCCGCGGUGAUGAGCGGACAAAAGAAUAUGUCUAUGCUGUCAUCGAACCACUUGAUGCUCGAAACUACAAACAAGACACCAGGAAUAAGCUAACUUCCGGUUGGGCGGCACUCCCCGAGUACAAUCCACCGAAUUUCGCCCUCGACGCCUCAUUCCAACGGCAUAUCCACAGAUACUCGAACAAACUGGUCUCCAAAGUGGAAAUCAUGCAUUUCUUCUUCGAGGGAAUUCUGAAAGAUCGACGAGGAGACAUUGAAGAGGGAAAGAAGGCAGAAGAUAUCGAAGUGACAUUUGUGCCUCCAUUGGAAGGAAUGGCUAUCGAUGGAUGGGAUAUCAAUUGUGACAAAUCUCUCAUCAUUGGAUGUUAUAAAUACGGCAUGGAAAAUCCGGACGCGAUGAAGGCGGAUGAGACGCUGCUGAUUGCCACGUUUCCCAUCAAAGAUUGGGAUGUCGAUAUUACGGCGGUGGAUUGGAGUGCUGUGAGAAAGCGUUCCCCGAUGUUCGACAAGAAGACCGACAGCGACCUGCAAGCCCACAUGUUUGCCGUGUUGGCACAGUGCUUCAAGGCAAAAGGCGCAGCGACAGACAUGCCACAAGCAUUCGCAGCCGCGGCCCCAAUGUCCGAAGAUCUAUUGAAUAGCAAUACAGCACAAUCUAUAUUGGGAAGACUGCAACUAUUGAAGAAGAUCUCAAUGGUCUGUGAAGGAGGAAGAGAUGGGCUGGAUGAAAUGGACGAAAAGAUUGGAUUGUGUCCCAGAGAUGGAUUGCCAAGUGGAUGGACUGAGGAGCAUGACAAGGAAUUGUUGAUGGUAGCCAACGAGUACGGUAUCAAGGAUAUCUCAGUGAAUAUCCUCGGGAAACCCCUCUUCCAAAAGAUCAUCCGCCCAUCCGAAUCUCUUCUAUUUCGUCGCGUAAUCGAUUUGUCGGCCACGAUGUUGACUGGCAAAUAUUCGCCGCAGGAUCCACAGGAAUAUAUGCUCGAUGAAUUGCAGGAAGAAAAGCCACGCCCACAGGCAGCAGAAACAAGCCAACAACAACAGCAACAACAACAAAUGCAACAAAUGCUGGCGGCUCAUUUAUUGGGAGCAGCAGCUACGGCAGCUGGAACUCCAUCAACCUCUGGAGGAGCAGGAGGACAACGAGCAGGAGGACAAAGUGGAGGACAGAGGAGCAGGAAGAGACCCGCCAAGGCUGCACAACAAGAUGCGGCAGCCGAGCUAUUGGCGGAACAAAUGCAGGCGGCAAUGUUGCAACAAUUGAUGAUGGCCACAGCACAAAGCGGAAGUGCACAGGGAGGCAAUACAAAGGAUGCCGCUGCUGCUCAGCAACUCCUUCUUCUAUUGGCACUCACCCAGCAACAACAACAACAACAACAAACACAACAACAACAACAGCAACAGGCUCAACAAACGGCACAACAACAACGCCAAGCGCAGAACGAGGCGAACCAACUGGCAGUGAUUGGCGCAUUGAUGGCAUGUACGAGUGGAGAUGAUAUGGCUGCAUUGACGGCACAACAGAAACAGGCACUCAUGCUUAUGAUUCAACAGCAAGCCACCGCCCAGCAACAACAACCAUCCACAUCACAGACCACCCAACAACAACAACCCGCCCCCGCCAAGCAGACGCAACAAAAGGCCACUCCCUCGUCUUCAAAGCCGUCCACCUCGUCAGCUGCUUCCGCUUCAAAAGCCCAAUCGGAUGCGACAGCAUUGGCUGCACUUGCUGCUGCUGCUAGCUAUUCAUCUGGGGAUAAUGCUGAUAUAUUACUGCAACUGCAACAAGCACAAUUGGCUGCUUAUGGAUUGACGAUACAGGACUACGUUCUCCUCUCCCAAGUACCACAAGAGACAAAAGUCCCCUGUCGACACCGUACCACCUUGGAGAUGUUGCCCGCUGAUCAACAACCAUCUGUCCAAAAUCUCAUCCAAUUCCUCGACAAGAAUCCACAGUAUAAGGUGGAUCUCCGCGGCGAGUCAGCCUCAGCCACCCCACAAAGGAGCAAGACAGCAACACCGGCGCAGUCGACCCCCCGGCCAGUGGCCACGCCCACUCCUGUCGCUACACCAAAACCGACAGCUGUUGAACAACAACAACCAUCCACAUCUGCUGAGGGACCACCCGAAUUGAAGGCGGAAGAGGUGAAGGAGGAAGAGCUGGAGCUGAACCUCGACUCCAAGACGCAGACGAUGCUGCUACAGGCUGCUGCUGCACAGGGUUACUCUGGUAUGAGCGGAAUGCCCUCAACAAGUUCAUCCAAACAACAGCAGCAGCAACAACAACAGUCGGCCGAAGAACAGGCGCUGGCCGCCUACCAGACGAUGGCGUUGCUCGGAGCUUUGAAUGGGAAUCAAGCAGCCGCCUCCGCUGCCUCCUCCAGUGCCGCCGCCCAACAACAACUUGCCGCAGCGCUGAUGGCCGACCCAUCGGCAUUGGCCCUUCUCGCAGCCGCUCAGCAGCAGCAACAACAACAGCAGCAGCAGUCGAGCAGCAAACGGAGGAAGGAA